AUGCUCAACACUUACGGAGUUGAAGCUGCAAGAACGAGCAUCAUAUUGGAGAUGAAGAACGUUUUCGGGAGUUAUGGACUCGAGAUUGAUUACAAACAUUUGAGUCUUAUUGCGGAUUACAUGACUCAUUCAGAAUCACAAACUUCUCUUGACAAUGAGCAUAUUGAUAUUAAUUUGGAUGAUACUUGUGUUGAUGCUUCUAAUGAAAAUCCUAACUUGGUAAAUUUAGUUGGCACCCUAAAUGACUCCCAUAAGGAUUUGGCUACAAAUGUUGAUACUAGUGUUAAUUUAGAUGAUAUAAUUAAUGUUAAUGCUAAUAAUGUUUCUAAUGAUGUUCCUGAUGCUACUGAUGGUGAUGAUGCUACUAAUGUUGAUGAUGUUUUUAAUCAUUUUGAUAUAUUCGAUCCAAGAAAUUGGGAUGCUUUAAAUUCUAAAAUGAUUGAUGUAUUAGUUGCUUAG